CCGGCGUUCCGCUGCCUCUCUCCCACACCCCCGGGUGCGAUGAGAGGCUUCGGGGACCGGGGUCGCGACCGAGACCGCGGCGGGUUUGGAGCAAGUCGUGGUGGUCCUCUUCCUCCAAAGAAAUUUGGUAACCCAGGGGAACGUUUGCGAAAGAAAAAAUGGGAUUUAAGUGAAUUGCCCAAAUUUGAGAAGAAUUUCUAUGUGGAACAUCCGGAAGUGGCCAGGCUUACUCCAUAUGAAGUUGAAGAAUUACGAAGAAAGAAAGAGAUAACAAUUCGAGGAAUGGAGGGUUGCCCCAAGCCUGUGUUUGCUUUCCACCAGUGCAGCUUUCCGCAGUAUGUGAUGGAUGCCUUGAUGGACCAGAACUUCACAGAACCCACUCCAAUUCAGUGCCAGGGCUUUCCACUAGCUCUCAGUGGUCGUGAUAUGGUGGGCAUUGCGCAGACUGGCUCUGGGAAGACUCUAGCAUACCUGUUACCAGCAAUUGUUCACAUCAACCACCAGCCAUAUUUGGAGAGAGGGGAUGGCCCAAUUUGUCUCGUCCUGGCACCUACUAGAGAGUUGGCUCAGCAAGUGCAGCAGGUGGCGGAUGACUAUGGAAAGUGUUCAAGACUGAAGAGCACCUGCAUUUAUGGAGGAGCACCCAAAGGUCCCCAAAUCAGAGAUCUUGAAAGAGGUGUGGAGAUCUGCAUUGCUACACCAGGUCGCUUGAUUGACUUCCUUGAGGCAGGAAAGACCAACCUCCGUCGGUGUACAUACCUGGUGCUGGAUGAAGCAGACAGGAUGUUGGACAUGGGAUUUGAACCCCAAAUCCGUAAAAUAGUUGACCAGAUCAGGCCUGACAGACAAACUCUGAUGUGGAGUGCCACAUGGCCAAAGGAAGUGCGCCAGCUUGCUGAAGACUUCCUGCAGGACUAUGUUCAGAUUAACGUGGGGAACUUGGAGCUGAGUGCCAACCACAAUAUCCUGCAAAUAGUGGAUGUAUGCAUGGAAAGUGAGAAAGACCAUAAACUUAUACAACUGAUGGAAGAAAUCAUGGCAGAAAAGGAAAACAAGACCAUCAUCUUUGUGGAGACAAAGAGGCGAUGUGAUGAUCUCACUCGAAGGAUGCGCAGAGAUGGUUGGCCAGCUAUGUGUAUCCAUGGAGACAAGAGUCAGCCAGAGAGAGAUUGGGUGCUUAAUGAAUUUCGUUCUGGAAAGGCUCCUAUCCUCAUUGCUACCGACGUUGCAUCUCGUGGGCUAGACGUGGAAGAUGUUAAAUUUGUGAUAAACUACGACUAUCCGAACAGCUCUGAAGAUUACGUGCACCGUAUUGGCCGUACCGCGCGCAGUACCAACAAAGGUACUGCCUACACCUUCUUCACACCAGGAAACCUGAAACAAGCCAGGGAGCUUAUCAAAGUGUUGGAGGAAGCCAAUCAAGCCAUCAAUCCAAAGCUGAUGCAGCUUGUCGACCACAGAGGAGGCGGAGGUGGUGGUGGAGGAGGCCGUUCUCGUUACCGAACAAGCAGUUCAGUAAACAACCCUAACCUGAUGUACCAGGAGGAGUGUGACAGGAGGCUCCGGGGAGUGAAAGAGGGCCGGAGAGACUCAGGUGGCUUCAGAGACCGUGAGCGUGGUGACAGUUUUGCCAACGGAGCCAACAAGACCUAUGGCAGUGCCUACGGGAGCCCAAAUUCUGCUUUUGGGGCAGCACAGAGCCAGUAUGGUUACACUCAAGGGAGCUAUGGAGCAGCUGCCUAUGGCACGAGUGGCUAUGGCACUGCAGAGUACAGUGCUAGUGGCUAUGGUGCCAGCACCACAGCUGCCACCGCUGGGAGAACCUCACAGAGCGCUACCCAACAGCAGUAUGCAGGGAUGGUUGGGCGCUCAGGCCAGCAGCCACAGCCGCUCAUGUCACAACAGUUUCCGCAGCCCCCUGCCGCUAAUGUGAUGGGCUACAUGGGACAGACUGCCACCUACCAGUACCCACCCCCUCCCCCGCCCCCUCCCCCCACACGCAAAUGAGACCACAUCCACUGGUGACCAGUGUAGACUUGCAUUUAAAGGAACCUUUUAUUUCUCUUCUUUCCCAUUGUGGUGUCUCAUGCAGAUUAGACUUAGAAUUCACCAUUUAAAUCCCUCAAGCCUAUAAAAUGGCCCCUAGUCCACUUCACUGACCCUAUUUUCUUCUUUCUUUUUUUUUAAGAGAUAUAUAUAGUUGACUGGAAUUUUUUCUUUUUUUUUUUGUCUUGCAUGUUGAGGAAAUUGGAAAUCUUAAUUUCUCUAAACAAAAAGGGUAUAAGGCAGAUAGGUCCCAGCUUGAUCAUCUUGGUGUCUAAGGUUUGGGUGAAUAUUUGCUUUUGAGAAGAGGAACUUUCUGUUCUGUAACAUGUUAACUUAAUUUCAGGAAGUAUCAAGUGGGAGGCCUUGGGGAGCCAAAAAAACACUUCAUUUAAAGUGAUAAAUGCAAGGGAGCAAAGCUCACAUCUCCAAAUCUUAAUUGGUUUUGGUUUUGUUUUUUCAGUAGCUCACUAUUAUUGUAAUCUAUUGUAGGUGACUUUCUAUAGGAAAACUCUGCUUAUUGGCCUGGGCUGGGUGGUGUCCAGAGUAAACACCCAAAGUACAUUUUGCAGUUCCAUCCUCAGGUACCCAUAGCAGCCUGCAAUAAGGAGGUUGGGAUUAAAACCCCAGUGUUGAGACCAAACCUGCCUUGGACUCCAUACCUGAAAACCAGAUAGCCAGUGUAGGUACCACUGCUGUGAUGUUCGGCCAAAUCAGUUCUCCUCCAGUUGUUACAUUGCAGCAUCUCAGACACGUGGAGCCCGGUUGUACUUAAAUUAGUUUCUGCUCUCAAAUUGUGUUUAUUGAGAGAGGUCUGAUUUGAGAGCCCAGAAACUAAACAGAACUGAGAUGAUGAAUGGCAGAUCUCAUUUGUCUGCCCUUCAUGAACAAACUACCUUUUGCUGUGGGGAAUGUUCCGAAUGCCACUACGCCGAAUAAAAUGUGACAGAGUUUUCCACACUUCAAUUUAAGAGGUUUGUUUAGGGUGGGUGGGGGGGAGGGCACAUGGAGGAAGGGAAGAGAAGGAGAUUACCUGGAAUCUCCUUUUCAUGAGGUAAGGUGAGCUGGUUAGUGUAUCUUGAUUCUGAACCUUUCUUUCUUUUGUGCUUUGACUAUUGCUUUUCCUGGCUUUUUGAGUGCAUUUCCCUGCUCCAUUGGUCUCUUUGAGCAGAGCUCUCGCAGGUAGGUAGCAUUUUAGAAAAAUGUUAGAGAAGAGUGAAAUUUUAGUAAAUACAUAAAUAAAACUUGUUUAUUUUACAGGCUGAGGUGGGGGCUUGGGGGAGUUCCCCUUUAGUAAUGCAUGUUGUUGACUCGUUAUUUCUAAUACCAGACGGUUCAGAGACAGUAGAUGAUAACAGGAGUUGGCUGUUCUUGAUCUGAUACUGUGCCAAAGGACUGGAUACAUCACCUGGUUUGUGAGAUUUCAUCUUUACAUUAUGAGAGUGCAGGGUUUGGGUUGUUGUUUUUUUUGGUGGUUGUUUUUUUUUUCCAGUUGGUGGUGUUGCAUAUGGAUGAACAAGGCAGUUCACUCUCCUCUAGUAGAGUGGAACGUCUUACAGCCCACAGAAAGAGCUUGCUUAUACAGAAAUUACUUGGUAUAAAAUGUAAUUUCUUCCCAGAGUAAAAUUUUGGGGGAUGAAUGUGGGUUUUGGGUUUUUUUUUGUUUGGUUUAGGAUUGUUUGGUUUUUUGUUCUUUUUUUUCUUUUUUUCAACGCUAUACACAGGUAAAGUUUGCUGGCACAGAGGCCACAGGGAGACAUCUUCCAGAACCUUGGUUCCCUCAUCCAAUCUUGUAAUUCUAGUGCUUGGGCAGGAAGUUCUCUUGCCUAUGUUAAAUGAAAGCCAGACACAUUUAGUUUGUCCAGACACUGACUGACUUGUCUUUGGCCUCCCUCACAAGCCAAUGUAAAGUUUGUUUGUUUUCUUUUUUCUUGAAAGAGUAAAUCAGAUUUGCAAGUUAACACAGAAAUGUGUAUGAGGGGUGUAGGAGUAGAAUGUCCCACUGACUGGCUUUUAAAAGGGUCUCUGGACCACUCAAACUGCCUUAUAGUCUGCUAUAGCUUUCACUUCCUUUAAGGGACACACAGCACAACUUGUGCACGUGUAAAUGUUUAUGCCAAGUCUUGCAGUGCUUUAUUGCUAUUGAGGUUGAAGUCAGCUGAAGUCCAAGGUCUCAGUUCAGAGUGGUAACCAGACUGUUGAAUGCAUAAAUGCACCAUGGCAUGUGCUGCCCCUGUCGCACCGGGUGCUUGCUACUCUGUCUAUCCACCAGCUGCUGGACCCUUGUGGAUAAAGCAUUAGCACGUUGUGGUGUUUGCACUGUUUUCAGUCUGUACAAGUUUUGUGGGAGUGUCAGACGAGUUGGGUGUCUCCUCCCCUCCCACUUGCUGAAGCAAUUUACCAUUUGGAUUUCUCUGAACAACGGAAGGGUUAGUGGCUUUGUGUGGGAUCAGCAUCUUGUUUCACACACCUGCUGGUCUCUGAGCACAUUCCUGUUGUAUUAACAAAGACUUGAAUUGAGAGAUGCAUAGAUCUGUGGUGUUCAGACACAGGAUACUAAGAGCUAUGUUACUAUUCUUAGUUUGUAAAUUGUCCUUUUGAUACCAUCUUGUUUUCUUUUGUAGGUAUAAAUAAAAACACCGUUGUCAAUAAA